AUGUCUUCGUUGGCGGUCAUUGGCGUACAGGGGCGGUUCAUUACCGUCCCCACGGGUCUGUUCAUCUACAAUGAAUUCGUGCCCUCACUCACUGGUCAGACCAUUUCAGUCGAAACCCCUGCCACCGGCCAGCAACUAGGAAUUAUCUCUGCCGCGGGUGCAGCGGAUAUCAACCGGGCUGUCGAGUCCGCCAAGCUCGGGUUUCAGGCAUGGAGGACAGUCCCUGGUCCCGCCAAGGCCCAACUGCUGCUGAAACUUGCAGAUCUGAUCAGGCGAGAUGCCCAGAAUGCCUGGGCGAUGCUGAAUCCCAAUGUGCCCUUCGGUGGUGUCAAAGAAAGCGGCUUUGGACGCGACAUGGGCGAAGAGGCCCUAGCGAGGUGGAUGUCGGUGAAGGCCGUCAAGUACCAUAUUCUUCCACGGCUCUAA